AUGAAGCAGAACACAGCAGUAUUUAGCUAUCUUUUGGAAGUUUUGGCAAAGAGGGACCUGAAUAUGCUUCGCGAACGUACACAGCGCUUCCUUAAAGGGCCUCAUAGUCAAACCCUUCAGCCACCUAGAAUUGGUGAGGUUGUACUUCUUAAGGAAGAAAAAAUGCCUCGCGGUUCUUGGAGACUUGUCAAAAUUACACAGCUCAACCAAGGUCUUGGUAAUCAGAUUCGCACAGUUGAAUUACAGACAUAA